AUGGCCGCGUUACCCGUCGAAGCGGGCAGCGCGCUCGCGCAGACCAUCCAGAACGCUGUCCAACCGAAACUUAUGGAGUACGGCUGGGUGGCGGAAGAGAACGACACUACCCUCUCGGAGUACGUGACCACGAUGCUUGUUAAUGGCAAGGACAUCCAAGGCGUCGUCUCCGAGCUGGGCGGCGAUCUGUUGGGCGUGGGCGAGGAUGACCCCAGCGUGACGGCUUUCGCAAAGUGGCUCUUCGACCAGUUACACGCCAUGAACGCGCCGCCAUCCUCUGCCGCAGAAGCGGACAUGGGAGUUGCGCCACAAGAACAACAGCAAGAGGCGGAUUCGGCACAACCAGCUACCGACGACUCGCAGAUGGACGAUGCGGCGCUCGUGGACGGCGCUGUACCCAGCGGACCAAAGGCCAUGCGCAACGGCCCUGGCGCAGCAGGAAGAGGCAGAGGCUCGCGCAUGCUCGGUCAACUCAACAACCACUUGAACAGAGAAAACUCCCUCCCCGACUCGUUACGGCGGAUUAAGGGUGCAGCGGGAGGAGCUGGUCGUAUCAACGCGCACGCGAAUCGCGAUCCCCCGCGCGGCCCGAGACAGCAGAACCUCGCGAAUGGAGUACAGCGGAUGAUGAACGGCGCUGGUCGAGGUGGAAGAGGUGGUCAUCAGGGCGCGAUGAACCCUGCCGUGCAAGCCAACGCCAUGAUGAACCAGCUGGAUCCGCAACAACAAAUGGCCUUUAUGCAGAUGAUGGAGAUGCAAGCGACCAUGAUGCAACAGAUGCUCGGCGGCCAGGCGCCUCCUAUGCAGAACGGGCAAGGGAAGAAGAGCUUGUUUGAGCGCGUCGACAGGAAGCCCAAUGGACACUUUAAAGGCGGCCGACCCAACACACGCGCCUCCGGAUCCCAAGAUGGCGACGCGUCGGGCAUGGACGUCGAUGCCAAGAAAGAGCCCUUUGAGACCGUCUGUCGCUUCAACAUCAACUGCACCAACCCCGCCUGCCCCUACGCGCACCAGUCACCCGCCGCACCACCAGGCCAAUCCAUCGACCUGACCGACACAUGCACCUUCGGCGCCGCCUGCCAAAACAACAAAUGUUCCGGCCGCCACCCCUCCCCGGCCCAACGCACACAACACCUCAAGCAAGAAGUCGACUGCAAGUUCUUCCCUAACUGCACCAACCCCAGCUGCCCCUUCAAACACCCCGACAUGCCACUGUGCCGCAACGGAGCGGACUGCGCGGCGCCCGGGUGCAAAUUCACCCACAGCAAGAUCAUGUGCCGCUACACGCCGUGCACGAAACCCAACUGCCCGUUCAAACACAUCGAGGGCCAGCGCGGCGUGUUCAAGGACAAGGUGUGGACUGCGACCGAUGGCGUGCCGACAAUGGAGGGCGAGAAUGGCGGCACCACCAAUGGCGCAACGAGCCAUCGCUUUGCUGGCUUUUCGGAGAGUGCUGGACAAGCGGAGGAGCUCAUCUUGCCUGGCCAGCAGCAGCAGCAGUCAGACGGCCAGUCUGAAAGCCAACCGACAGGCCAGGACACGCAGAUUACGACGUAG